AUGGGAACCAUGUUUCUCACCAACGAGGAACUGGGGAAAAAGGACGACGACCACAAGCCGGCCAAGCUUCCCUCGAUCCGUCCGCGAUGGAGCGCCGCCACGGGAGGAGCCCCGAGAAGCAAGUUCCUGAAACGGCUUGCGAUGGCCUUUGCGCUGGGCAUCUUCGUCUACCUGUUUAUCAGUAACCUCCCCACCGACCUCCCGAUUCGAGAUCGACGCCACCCCGUAUAUAACAGCCGGCCCGAAUCGGGGAAAGCUCAUGCGCCGGGGACAGGACGGAGGCCGGGGGUGAUGCCGAAGGUGCACGACCAGAAACCCCAGAGACAAACUUCUAUAUCGAACAACCCUCCGCCGAAGCCAGCGCCGCCCUCAGCACCAUAUACGGGACCUCUCAUUUUCGUGAAGCUGUUGCCCUCGCUCCAGGCCAUAUAUACCACCGGGGGCAACUCCAAAGUGAACAAAAACGUCCUAUUUGCUGCCGCGAAUCUGAAAAGCGCCGCACUUCUGUUGCCCAUGGCAUGUCGGAUGGGGGACGAGUUGAGGAACUACGUACAUUUUGCUCUCGUUGGUGGGAGCGGUAUUGACAUAGAAGACUUGCGUGCUGUUAAUGGCAUUGACGAGUCUUGCCAGGUCAUAUUCCAUGAUUUCGCCGAAACGUCGACCCUUGAGCGUCUCAGACAAAGCUCAGUUCGUGCGCUCCACCACAUCAACACCUAUAUGCACCCGCAGGCCGUGGUCAUUGAUGCUUCCGGUUUGGAGGAAGAUUAUUUCUUGGCCGGCUUCAGGAAACAGGCCCCAGUUUCGGGCAUACCCCUGAUCGAGUUGCCUAAGAACGCGCACUCGCGACUGGCUUGGAUGACGAAGCUAGAUAGCUCAUCGCUGGCAGCUUGGGACAAAAUCAGCAUUGACAUUCUAAUUCAUGCGCCAUCAGCAAGUUCAGGGGGUCUUAUCCAUCUGCUCAAAUCGUUAUCGGGGGCCGACUUCUCGACGGGCUCGACGCCCCAUUUGACCAUUGAACUGCCGCAUGACGUAGACCGCGGCACUGUUGAGUUUCUGAAGACGUUUCAGUGGCCACCAGGCCGCUCCCACUUGCCAUCACAUCCCCGUCAGCUCACCCUCAGGCACCGCAUAUCGCGCAGCAGGCUCACCGAGGAAGAAAGUUCGGUGCGCUUUCUCGAGUCGUUUUGGCCGAGCAACCCGAAAUACUCGCAUGUACUUGUCCUCUCGCCGCAGGCCCAACUGUCACCUCAGUUUUUUCACUACCUGAAAUAUUCCGUGCUACAUUACCUGUACUCUGGAGCCGCCCUUGCGCAGGAAUGGGACUCGAGGUUACUCGGUAUCAGCCUCAACCUGCCCCCCACUCACCUGGAUGGCUCGAAGUCGUUUGCACCACCUCCAGAAAAGGGGGGGACCUCUUUCUUAUGGCAAGCUCCAGACAGCAACGCGGCGCUGUUCACGGGACAAAAGUGGAUCGAGCUGCACGCUCUUGCAUCCCACCUAAUCGAUUACCAGCACAAAACCCAGCCGCCGCCCGCUUUCUUCGCCGACAAACUUGUCAGUAAGAGAUACCCUUCGUGGCUGGAACACGCCCUGAAGCUCUCCCGUGCUCGCGGCUAUUGGACGCUCUACCCCAGCGAGGCAUCAGCGAGGAAUUUGGCCAUCCUCCACAGUGAACUCUACAGGGCCCCCGAGGAAUACGGGAGAGAGCUUGAAAAGGAAGCGCCCAAGAGCGCCGAGCUACCCGCCCCCGGGAACACGCUGUUCGAGAGCCUUCCCGGAGGCGGGUUAUUGCCGUUCGACGAGAUGCCUCUUUUGCUUUGGGACGGGGCGGCCACAACGCUGUCCCGCUUGGAUAAGGCCGCGGCGACUUACACGGAUGAGUUUCGACGUGCGGUUGGGGGUUGUCAGGUGUUGACGCCCGAGGAUCUCCUGGCGAAGAAGUCGAUGAGGGACUUGUUCUGUAUGAAGGAUGACUGA